AUGGCGUGGCCGCAGCUCUGCUGGCUCUGUGUGCUGGGGACACUGGUCGGGCUCUCAGCUACCCCAGUCCAAAGGAGCUGUCCGGCAGGUCAUUACUGGGCUCAGGCAGAACUAUGCUGCCCGAUGUGUGAGCCAGGAACGUUCCUCGUGAAGGACUGUGACCAGCACAGAAAGGCAGCCCAGUGUGGUCCGUGCACACCAGGAACCUCCUUCUCUCCAGACUACCACGCGCGGCCCCACUGUGAGAGCUGCCGGCAUUGCAACUCUGGACUUCUUAUUCGAAACUGCACCAUCACUGCCAAUGCCGAGUGUGCCUGCCCCAAGGGGACUCGGUGCAGGGAUGAUGAGUGUACGGAGUGCGACCCUUCUCCAAGCCCCUCGCUGACCAGACAGCCAUCGGAGGCCCCGGGCGGACACCUGCCUCCCACCCACUUACCUUAUUCCAAAAUCCAAAGGUCCCAGUGCAGCUCAGAGUGCAUCCGAAUCCUUAUGAUAUGCUCUGGAAUGUUCCUGGUUUUUACCCUGGGCGGAGCCUUGUCCCUCCAUCAGCGAAGAAAACAUGGAUCAAACAAAACAGAGAGCCCAGAAGAGCCUUGCCCUUACAGCUGCCCCAGGGAGGAGGAGGGCAGCGCCAUCCCCAUCCAGGAGGACUACCGGAAGCCAGAGACAACUUACCCUUGA